GGACAACCCUGUUUCUACAGUAGUUCGGUGUUACGGCGCUGUCGAGCCAAAUGUUGGUGAGGAGCACUUGUUGCGUCCACGAAGAAGAAGAGGAGGAGGAAGUGGACCGUCGCUGGGUAGUUGACGGUGUCCAGUCAGACUGGGACGUUCCGGGGCAGAAGUGUGUGACAGGAGGUCUGCUGACACACUGGUUUAACAUGGCUAACGCUGCCUGGUCAGAGAAGAUGGUCAAACUCCUCAGUCGAAUGAACAACUUCUACUCAGCAGGCUCCUGUCGCGUCAGGUGCUGCAGGUUUGAGAUCGACAAAGCGCAGGUCGGCUGGAUCCCUCCUCACGUGGCUGCUCUGUUGACACGGUAUCCAGAUGUGUUCAGUCCGCCACACGGUGGCGCAGUGACGCUGUGUCAAAGUCUGGACUCGUACGGGAGGAGAUCAGAGGCUGUGGACGCUGUCCUGCAGUCCCUGAGACAGGAGGCGUCCUUGAGCUGCCUCAGAGGAUGGAGGGACGAGAAAUAUAGUGUGAUGCCAACAUUUUCAGAUCCUCCUCUGAUGUGGAUGGAAAGAGCAGCUACAAGUCUUUUUGGGGUGAAACGGUAUGGAGUCCACAUCAAUGGUUACACCGUCAGUGACAGUGGGGAAGUCAGUAUGUGGCUGGCUCGACGCUCCCAAACUAAGCAGACACACCCUGGAGUUCUGGACAAUGUGGCAGCAGGUGGUGUGUCUGCUGGGGUUGGCAUCAAAUAUACUCUGCUGAAAGAAUGUCAGGAGGAAGCAUGUAUCCCAGCAGCCAUUGCUAAUAAGGCACGCCCUGUAACCACAAUAAGCUACACCUAUGAGGAUGAAGAGGGGGUGUUUGCAGAGAGUCAGUUUGUCUAUGAUUUGGAGCUUCCUCGCGAGUUCAAGCCCAGAGUGGGCGAUGGAGAGGUGCAGGAUUUCUACCUCCUGCCCAUCGAUAAG